GUCGUCGUCACCCGAAGCACUCGAAGCAGCAGUUUUGGUAGCUCCGGCUUUAAUGCGCCCGAGAUUUCGAGCUCGCCGCGGCCAAUGGGCUGCGCGGCCUGCCAUCUCGCGCACCAGCAAGCCGCGCUCGGAACUUGUGAUCGCGCAGCGGGGACACGGUGUAAAGCAGAGCAGAGCAGGCAGGCGCGGAAGCCAGCGAGCGAGCGAGCGAGCAAAGCUUCAAAAGGGAGCGAGCGAGCGAGCCCUCAGAGGAUCGAACGAGCAGGUCUCGCGGACAGAUGCACGUCCGUCGGUCGGUCGGGCACAGCAUUGGAGAGUAGUGGGCAGGCCGAGAGCCCGCGUCAGAGGAGAGUCAGAGGCUCAGAGAGGAGAGGAGAGGAGAGGAGUUUGAUUUGCCUUGCCAUCAUGGGUGGCUCAAACGAUUUCCAGUUCACUCCUGUGGAGCAGAUGAGCACUUCUGAGACGAGUGAUUCCAAGUACAGAUACGUUAUUGUUAGAGCUCCGCGACUUGCAGGAAUUCCACUCAAAUGUUUCGUUUGGAUGUUGGAAAAUGGGAUAACAGCAAGCGUGAUCAAGCCCAAACUGAAGAAGGAUAAUUUGAUUACUAGGUUUUUUUCCAAUGCUAAGUAUGAAGAGCCACCCAUGUAUGUUUCGCAGUAUCCCGAAGAACUUGUGAGAUUGGAUCAAAACAAGGAUGGUUUUAUACAAGUCUUACACUCAACUCCACCAGCUGAGCGUGUGAAGGCCGCUGUCUCAUGUCUACCGUCUGUCGAGCUUGAGCGCCAUGAUGGGUUUCGACAUUGGACCAUACGAGAUUAUGCGGAGGCCUACCGAAAUGGAACUGUCACUCCGACUAUGGUCGCAGAGAGGUUCUUAUCAGCGCUGGAGGAGUCCAACAAGCAGGAUCCUCCCAUGAGCUUGUUUAUCAAUUAUGACGAGAAAGAUAUUCUUCGUCAAGCUGAAGAAUCAUCAGCGCGUUAUCUUAAAGGAGAGCAAUUGUCAGUCCUUGACGGUGUUCCAAUUGCUGUAAAAGACGAGAUAGAUUGUUUGCCCUAUCCUACCACAGGGGGCACAAAAUGGCUGCACAAGGUCAGAGAGACCAAAGAUGAUGCAGCGUGUAUCAAAAGACUUCGCGAGUGCGGAGCAGUUUUGGUGGGGAAAACAAAUAUGCAUGAACUGGGAAUGGGCACAACCAGCAUCAAUCCUCAUUAUGGGUCUCCUCGCAAUCCUUACGGAAAGGACAGAGUAUCAGGAGGAUCUUCAGGAGGAUCUGCUGCAGCAGUUGCUUCGGGUCUCGUCCCUGCCGCUUUGGGCGUCGAUGGAGGAGGAUCCGUUCGCAUGCCCGCAGGAUUAUGUGGAGUUGUCGGAUUGAAAGCUACGUUCGGGCGAACAUCCAAUGAAGGAAUUAUUCCUCUAAAUUGGACGGUGGGCAUGCUCGGGACUUUAACUGCAACUGUGGAGGAUGCUUUGAUCAUGUAUGCAGCCGUGCUUGGUCAUCUUCCACAAGAUCGAAUCGUGUCUAUACCUCCACCCGCUGCUUUCCCCAUCUCAGUGGGUCAUCCAGAGACAGAAGCAGGCAAAUUGGUUGGAGCCUUGAAGAUCGCGAAAUAUACUGAGUGGUUCGACGAUUCAGAUGAUGAUGUCAAGGAUGGAUGUUACAGAGCUUUGGAACUGCUUCAGCAAGCUUACGGGAACAAGAUAGUAGAGGUCACGGUUCCAGAGAUAGAGGAAAUGCGCCUAGCACACUUUAUCACCAUUGGAAGUGAGUGCUACGCAUCUCUUUCCUCUGACUAUUACAAUGCUGGAAUGGAGGAUUCUGGCGCAGAUGUUCGUGUAGGAUUUGCAAUAUAUAAGGCUUUCAACAAUAUGGAUUUCAUCGCUGCCCAGCGAAUGAGAUUCCGACAAAUGCAUUUUUUCAUGGACAUAUUUAAACGAGCAGAUGUCAUUGUCACACCUAUUACUGGCUGUACAGCUCCUCCAUUGACAAACGAUUCAUUGAAGUACGGGGAACUGAAUUAUAUUACUGGAGCCAAACUCAUGCGUUUUCAAAUUGCGGGAAAUUUUCUGGGGCUUCCAGCUAUCUCUGUUCCUGUGGGACAUGACCACGACGGGUUGCCAAUUGGACUUCAAAUUAUUGGUCGGCCGUGGGGCGAAGCAACGCUCUUGCAACUUGCAGCGGCUAUUGAGAAUUUAUGUGCUCCUCUGCGGAAAAGGCCGGAAGUCCUGUACGAUCUUCUCAUUUGAAAUCAUUCAAUGACGCACUUGAAGCCUCACUCAAGAAUUUUAAACUGAGUGGCAUACCAUGUGUGAUUCUUCAAAAUAGCUUGUAAAUGGGAUCCAUUCAGCUAUUUCGCCACUGUUUAGGUACCCUUCUAUUAGUGUUCAGAAAACUGGACUGUACAAAAUCUCAGAUAGAAAAAGGUACUCUAGAUUGGGUAAGCUGAAUGGAUAUAUAUCUUUCUAGUAAGACGAAAAUAGGAUAAAUUAUAGAUGUCAGGUAGUAGCAGUAAACUUUGCUGCUUUCAGGUUCAAUGUAAGUUCGGGCUGUUUAGGUGAAGUAGGUUCCAGCUUGAGAUUGCCCCCAGUUUUUCCCCUGGUAAUGUGCAGGUGUGCCCAACACCCUCAAAGAUUUAUUUAUUUGUGUACACCACUGUAAGAAUAAAAAUCGUAUUCCACAGCACGGAAAGAUCUUACACUGAUCCACGAUCAUAUUAUAUACUAUAUAUACUGCCAUAUCCCUUUGGUAGAAGUGGCGAUUUAUACUCUUCGAUAUUUUUCUAGUGUUAAAUGAAAUAUGUCAGGGAAAAUUUCACUCGAAAGUGAAUGGUGACUUCACCCUCCUUUCUCAUGUACGAUACUGUCACAAUAUGGACACAACCUGUCAAAUAAAUACCUUCAGUUUUUUUCUCGU